AUGCGCGCCCGCGCGCGCGACGCCCGCCCGCAUCCACGCCUCGCCCGCGCCCGCCCCCGCGCGAGCUCCCGCGCCGUCACCGCGCGCGCGUUGGUGAAACAAACCGGCGCGGACGAAACGAUCCCGAACGUGCCCGACAAGGUGAACAAAUCAUUCGCGAUCGACCUCGGUGGUGACACCCCAGCGGUGACGACGCUGCGGUUUCCCCUCACCGCCGACGCCGUGUGCAUCGCGUGCGAACGCCCGUUAGGCAUGUUUCUCGAACAACGCACCGAGGGGUCGAGGACGUCCAUCGUCGUCGAUGAGGUCGAGGAGGGGUCGAACGCGCACGCGGCGGGCGCGCGCGUGGGCGACGUCUUGCGUCUGACCACGGCGGUGUUCGAAGUGAGCGCGCCCGUGGACGUGACGACGUGGUUGAAUCCACCGGCGAAGCGAAAGGUGCGGGCGUAUUACACGUGCGAUAAUAAAUCGUUCGAUGCGGUGAUGGACGCGAUCGCGAGUCACUCGGUGCCGAUCGACACGCCGAGCGGAAAAGAGGAAGUGAAGGAGGUGGGGAUGAUCUUAGAGCGCGUCGCGACCGCGUGA